AUGUUUGGAAGCAAAAGCAAAGAACCUACAGAGAUUUUUCUCAAGAAUGAGAGCUUGGAUCUCGAUUCACUACCCUCCUUAUCAAGACAGCAGCUUCUGAAGCACAAUGGAGUGGAGAUUCCCAAACUAUACGUAGCAAUCAAGGGUCUAGUUUACGAUGUCACAGAGAACGAAAAGAGUUAUGGGCCAGGCAAAGCAUACCACAAAUUGGUGGGGAAAGAUGUUGGAAGACUUCUUGGAUUGAAUAGAUUGCAAUUGAAAGAAGAAGAGGAUGGUCGGAUCCCCAAUACUUGGGACUUGUCAGACUUGGAAGAAAAGCAAUUGAAGAUCGUUGAGGAUUGGAUAGUGUUCUUCAAAAUGAGAUACCCAAUAGUCGCUAGAAUUGAAGAAGAUCAUCAGUAA